AUGGGCAUCUCACUGGAGUCUAAUCAGAGACUCUUACAGGAUCUUCUGACACACACAGAGAACAGCUCAGAGAGUAUCAGGAGAACGACACAGUACAUUAAAGACAAGAUCAAAGAUGAACAUGAACUUUCCACUGAAAGAUCCAUCAAUCUAUUCCGCUGUCUGCUGGAAGUGAAAGAUCAGACUCUAUCCAGAGAAAUUCAGGAGUUUGUGAAAUCAGACAAAAACUCAGAAAAGAAACUCUCUCCUGCUCACUGCUCAACAAUCUCCUACAUGCUUCAGAUGUCAGAGGAGCCACUGGAUGAGCUGGAUCAAUUAAAUACAACACAUCAGAUGAGGAGAAGAAGACUGAUACCAGCUGUGAUCAACUGCAGAAAAGCUUGUCUUUGUGGGUGUAAUCUCAAUGCUCAAGAUUGUGAAACAGUGUCAUCAAUUCUUCAAUCCCCAAACUCUGUCCUGAGAGAACUGGAUCUGAGUAACAAUGACCUGCAGGAUUCAGGAGUGAGCCUGCUCUCUGAUGGACUGAAGAGCCCAAACUGCCAGCUGGAGAUACUAAGGUUGUCAGGCUGUAUGGUGACAGAGGAAGGCUUUGGUUAUUUGUCUUCAGCUCUGAGUUCAAACCCUCACACCUGAGAGAGCUGGAUCUGAGCUACAAUCACCCAGGAGAUUCAGGAGUGCAGUUGAUCAAACACAAACUAAAGGAUCCAAACUUCUUACUGAAGAUACUCAAUUUACAUCAUGGAGGCCACUUCAGAAUCACACCAGGACUGAGAAAUAUACCUGUGAUCUCACACUGGAUCCAAACACAGCACACACUCAACUCAGUCUUGUCUGAGGGCAACAGAAAGGCAACAUACGUUAAAGAGGAGCAGUCGUAUCCUGAUCAUCCAGACAGAUUUGAGCACCAUGAGCAGGUUCUGUGUAGAGAGAGUCUGACUGGACGCUGUUACUGGGAGGUUAUAUGGAGCGGAUGGGCUUAUAGCAGUAACAUAUAAAGGAAUCAACAGGAAAGGAGGAAGUGACUCUUGGUUUGGAUACAACGACAAAUCCUGGAGCCUAUACUGCACUGAAAACAGAUAUUCUGCCUGGCAUGAUAAUAAGAAAACCGACAUGCCAGCCCCAUCAUCCUCUAAUAGAGAGUAGGAGUUUAUCUGGACUGGUCAGCUGGUACUCUGUCGUACUACAGCGUCUCUGACACACACACACUCACACACUUACACACAUUCAACACCACAUUCACUGAACCCCUCUACGCUGGAUUCAGGGUGUUUAAUUCCUCAUUGUCUCUGUGCCUGCAUAAAUAAUCAGAAUCAGAUCAAACAACUAAGAUGCCACAAACAAGAGGUCUUGAGGCUUUUAGACUAUUCACUUUUAGCUCAUCGAUGCUACAGGUUUUAGAGGACCACAGGUUGAGUUUCAUCCUGCUAAAUCGUCACAAACUCUUAAUACUGUACAUUAUAUUAGACAGAGCACUGGAAAUCACUUGUUAAAGAUUGACAUUAUCACAAAUAAAUGAGAUUAGCUUCAGCCACACUAAAUAUACUUCUGUAGUGCCUAUUCUAUAAUUGCUUAAUAUUCUUUAAAUUAGUUUUGUUUGUUUCCUCGAAAGUUUAUGCUGCUAUUUAUAUUUUUUCCGUCUCUUCCCUAUCGGUUUUUCUCAAUACAUUUGCUUUGGAAAAGUUCCAUAUUUUAUUAAAGUAAAAAUGCAUUUUAAUUAUUAUUUAAUGACAGUAUCAUGUUGACUUCAUUAGGCUGUAUUAUUGAAAGUAGCUUUUUAAGGUCAGAUGAGGAGAAGGUGACUCUAAAGUAACAUCCGCACAAUGUAACUCUGGGUUACUGGUUUUAUUCAAUAAGUCUUUGCACUCUGUGCUCUCUGCUCUUUUCCAUCUUGUGUGUCUUUCUGAUUUCUUCGCUCAUCUCCCAGUUUUUAUUCUUCAUCUUCACCAGUCCUGAUUGGAUGUUGAUGGAGUCUCUGCUGGUGGACGGAGGUCUCUGUAGAAUUAUCUCUCUGUAAGUCGGUCUUUGUCCUGUCUGAAUCAUGUCAAAAAACGACUGACACAAAGAAGUUUGUAGGACUUAAUGCAGUUAAUAGUUUUACCAUCAAGAUUUAGAUUUCCCAAAAUCAACUAAGUUCAUAAGUUUCUUCAAUAAUAGAGAUCAAUGGAUCUUAGCUAACAAUUUUGGGAAUACAUCCCAGUUGUCGUUGUUUAACUGGAAAGGUGGCUCAUUUUUGACUAGUUAAACUAACACAUAGUUACAUUUAACAUUGUUAGAAAACUCUAAAUUUUUAGAAAACUGAUACUUAACGAUACUUUUCUAUGUAACGUUUGAUUUCACAUUUAAAAUGUCUCUUUUUUGAAUUGUGAUUAUUGUGGCUCACAUUUAACCAAAACCCACCAAUUUAGUCUGUGUGCACUGAAUUAUUUUAAUACACAAGUUUCACAAUUUAUGUUGCAUUAUUAAAAUAAACUUUUCUACGACAUUCUGAUUUAUUAGAGGCA